AUGGCUCGACCACGAGCUCUGUCGGGCGCCGAUGCCCCCAAGGAACCCCAUGCGAUAUCUUUGAAAGUCCUCCGUCUCUCGCGUCCGUCGCUAUCCCACCAAUACCCUCUCCCCGCCGCCAACACCAAGAUCUCAGCACGAGCACCCUUAAGCUAUCCCUCCGAGGAAGCCGACGACCAAUUCAUUCUCGCACCUGCUGUGACUCACCCUCCCCCAGCCUUCGGAUCCGUCUACGUCGGCGAAACUUUCGCCUGCACACUAAGCGCCAAUAAUGAAAUCCCACAUCACGAAUCCGGACGCAUCGUGACAUCCGUCCGCAUAGUCGCCGAAAUGCAAACCCCCUCUCAAGUCGCAGCUCUCGAACUCGAACCAACAACCGGCAACGACAAAGCCCCGUCAGAGGCUGGGCUGGCCAACGAGGAGUCUCUACAAAAGAUCGUCCGGUUUGACCUGAAGGAAGAAGGAAACCAUAUCCUCGCCGUCAGCGUCAGCUACACGGAAACACGUAUUGGAACAGACGCCCAGGCGGCUAGCGGACGCGUCCGCACAUUUCGCAAAUUAUACCAGUUCGUCGCGCAACCGUGCCUCAGCGUGCGCACUAAGGCAUCGGAGCUGCCGCCGCUGGAAGUGGAGAAUAAGUCUCUCGGCCCAUACGGAAAGACACGGCUGCUGCGCUUUGCACUGGAGGCACAGCUGGAAAACGUGGGGGAUGGGUCGGUUGUGGUGACUCAAACCCGGCUGAGCCCCAAGGCGCCGUUCACAUCGCGAUCGCUCAGCCAGGACGCCACCAUGCCGGACAUGUCAGUGGCGCCGCCGCCCCCGACGCUCAACCCGCGCGACGUCUUGCAGGUUGCGUUCCUGGUGGAGCAGGCAGAGGGCGCAACGGAGGGCCUGGAAGCGCUGCAGAAGGAUUUGAGGCGCGAUGGGCGCGCGUCACUGGGCCAGUUGUCGAUCGAAUGGCGAGGGGCGAUGGGCGAUAAAGGAUUUUUGACGACGGGGAAUCUGAUGAGCCGGAAGCGCAGUUAG